UGCGUAUAAACGCCUUUUCUUAGGUCCGACAAUGUGGUGCCACUAAACUCUCCUGACGGAAUUUAAUGUAAUUAUCGGAUUACAGAGAAGAGGCUGCAGGGCUGGAGACAUUUACUACUACACGACAGUCGGGCUGUGGGCUAAUUUGACAUCUUUUCUAAAAGCGCACGUUUGGACAUCAUAGAAAAAUUGUUAGUUUACGUUAAAGGGAUUUUUGGUGGAGGAGCGGAUUACGGAGAUGACAACUGUUGAGUCGAAGCGGAUAAAGGCCAACUAAUAUCUUUGGGUCUAUUUUGACAACUCCCAGGGGCUCUAAAGAAGAACAGCAGCCAUCUUGUUCAGAACCUCUUCUGUUAUGUCUGUCUCCUCUCUCCCGGAAUGGAAGCAACUCCUGCUGGAGAAAAAAAGGAGGGAGGAGGAACAGAGAGAGAAGAGAGAGAAAGAGGAGGAGAAGAAGUUGGCCAGCAUGCCCGCCUGGAAGCGUGGGAUCAUCCAGCGGAGGAAGGCGAAGCAGGACGGUUUAGGGGACAGGGAAAGGGAGAGAGACGUCUGCCUGCUGCAGGUGGACGUCAGAUCUGCCUCUGAUGGCCACAGUGAUGCGGACAGCUUUCUAACGGUCAAUUUGGAAAGUGAAAUGUUACUUAGUCCAGAUCCGGGGCUAUGGCUGGAUGGAGAGGUCAAACUAGCGAGUCAGGUGUCCUUAGAAACGAUAGUUCCAGUCCAUGAAAACCCAUUCAUCCGAACGCAGAGCGCAUGGAGGAAGGGCAGGGACGCAGAAGCAGGGAAUGACGCAGAAGUUAAGGAGAAGGACAAAGAAAAAUCGAGUCAGAGGAAUCAAGAUGGGGAGUCGGGAAGAGGAAGAGAAAUCGAGGUGAAACUAGAGAGAUUCAGAGAUGUGAGUGAAGGUGGGCAAAAGGAGAGAAGCAGGGACAGGAGUCAAGGAAGAGACCGAGAGAAUAACUACCAAUGGAAAGAGUCGGUUAAAGAUCCAGCCAGAGAGCGGGAAUUCCUCAAAGUGAGAAAAGACGAAGAGGAAAAAAAAACAGAUUCCCCACCCGGUUUGUUUUCUCCCCUCGCCCCUUGUCUUCGGACCAUCCGAGCCGACAACAUCAUCAUCAUUGAGCAGGAGAGGAAAUCCAGUGAUGAGAGAAAGCCCAGGUGGAGGGAGGCAGAAAGGGAGAUGCCUGAGGAGGACCAGCAGCUGAAGAGGGGGAUGAAGAUGGACCUGAGGGAGAUCUUUGCAGGAGGAGGGAGCAUCACCGAGAUUCGGGCCUCUGAAGUUCUGAUCAUAAAGCCCUCGGCAAGCCCCGAAGAGAGGAGUCCAGAAGUAGGAAGAGGAGGGGGAGGUCCGGAUAGAGAGGAUGGAGAGAGAAUCUGCAGCAUGGAUGAAAGGAGGGAGAUCUUGGCCAGGGAGCUCAGAACAGACAAGUUCUGGCUCAGAGAAAAGGGGAAAGAGAGAUCCUGGGGCCAUGUGACGGUUAUUGAAGACUACCGGAAGAACAGCCUGGACGAUAACGCCUUUGUUGAAAGGGGAGGGAGGGUCAGCCAGCUGCUGAGUAAAUUCGGACAGCACCCAAAACCUCCAUCUCGAUCCAAAAGCUCUGAUAAUUUCCUUCAGCCAGCAAGGAGAAAACUCUCAGGAGAUGACGAUGAUCAACAAUCUGAAGCGGACAGGAGGAAUAUGAUGAAAAGUGUGCCGAAGCGCUCGUUUAGCUUCUCUGAUCGGGUCCUUUGUGCUGAGGAGAAUGGUUUAGAUGACGAUGGUUAUCGUUCCAGGAAAACUCCCCAGAGGAUGCAUUCAGACAAGAGCGGGGCUCUGUGGGUCGCCGGCUUCGGGAAGGAAUUCACAGCGAAGGUCAAACUGGGGUGCACACGGCUUUUAGAUAAAGACCCAUUUGAAUUGCACAAAGAUGGACAUUUAAAAAUCGAGGAUGACAAGGGGGCACAUCUGAGAAAUGAAGCAGAAAUGCAUCCCGUCAUCCAACACAGGAGCGAAGUUAAGAAAGUGGGGGCUGUUGAUGUGAGGGCUUUGGAAAGGCCAAACGACGCAGACGGAGACGAGGGGUUCACAGUGGCAUCCGUCAAAAACACAGAAGGAAUCUCGUUCGCUAGAAAAGUUCCUAUCAGGCACGAGGGGAGAGCGAGAGCUGAACGAGAGGCGAACCGCCAAACGGGGGAAAACAGUGUCGAAAAGGAGGGGAGCGUAGAAACACCAUCAAAGCGGGAGGAACAGAUUGAGGAGAAAGUUUGUGAUCGAAAAGUCUUUGAUUGUCGGAGAGAAGAGGGAUCCGAAACCACAACCCCCAAUGAAACGUGGCAGAAGAGUCCCAGUGAAUUGGCUUCCACAGAGUGCUCCAGUCACCUCUGUGCCGUCGCAGACAGAACCAGAGACCUCCACGGAGGGACAGAGUCACAAGGACUCUACCUGGCACACUCGGUUUUGUCCCAACACACGGAGGAGCUUAUAAGUAAAAUAGAAAAAAUAGGCGACACAUCUAUUUAUAGCAACGAGAAAGGAGAAAGAGCUCCCAAGGCGGUGUAUGAAAUGACCAAAGGAUCAGAUCAGGAAAUUGGAUCAGAGACAUUUCUUAAUGAUGCAACCCCCAGAUCUCCGAAAAGGAUUCCACCCACAGGGAUCCCUCCAGUUCCCCAGGAGAUUCAAAUCCCUAGAAGUGUGUUUUAUGUUGCCGAAGAAAUGGUGGACAGAAAAAAGACUGCGGGUCAAAAGGACGAGGGUAAAGGAGUUGAGAGGAGAGACAGCUGGAGAAUGGGAAAACCCCUGAGCCGCAUUGAGUCCCUGCGAGAGAAAAUAAGGCAACGAGAGCUCGAGAAGUCGAGACAUAGAGAGGCAGAAUGUGGAGGCGGGAGGGAAGGUGCAGAGAUGAACGACACUCAGACAGCUGAGGACGGGCGUGACGAGAGAGGAACUGAAAUAGAGAAAGAGUGGGAAGCUGCAGCUCCGAUGCGGAAGAAGCCGGUCGAAGCAGAGAGACGACAGGAAGACGCAGCAGCGCAGACAUCCACAACUGCAUUCGACGUCACAAGGGAAGUCAGCGUGUUGAAAACCUGCCUCCAACUUCCUGUACACUCACAAGCCGUCAGAGGAGAGGAAGUGACAACCGGGUUCGCAACUGCUCCCUCCGAAGUCCUCUCUGACAGCUUCCAGAUAUCUGAGGAUGAAAAGGACCCUGUGAAACCCGGGGAGGAAGAGCCGAGGUGCCGCAGGAGCCACCACGAAAUCAAAGAAGCAGAAAGUGAGGAGGAGGCGGAAAAGGAGCGCUCAGAGGAGGAGGCCGAGGAGUACACGUCGCCCGUCGACCCUGUGCAGGUUCUGUCCCCUUCACCGCCCCAUCCCAGCUCGUUGGUAGCCAUGAGCCGGAUCUACAACAUGGAGCCAGUUGGCUCGAGGCCGGCCAUGUGCCUGAGGGAGAGGGCCGUAGACAUCCCACCAGUUCACCUCGUCAAAGUGAAACCUCUGGUGUCUAACGCACAGCAGCGGGACGGCACAGCGUUGGCAGGUGAGGACGCCUGCGGGGUUCAGUCCAUUCAACGACAUAUAGAGCAGUUUCAGCUGAAGGAGCAGGAAACGCCGAGGUCUUGUGCGUCGCCAAAUGCCGUUCUUAAAGACAGAGAGAUGAAAGGGCAUCAAAGCCCCAGAGUGGUGUUAAGGAACCAGGUCAAAGAUGAUGAAAAGACACCGGAGAAAGAUCAAGAAACGUCGGAAUCGAAUCCCAAAGGGUCUCCUCAGCGCGUCCUUUCUUCAUCGUCUCCCCCGAAGCAAGCUAACCAAACGACCACAGGCACCUCCUUGCUUCUCGGGAGCCAAUCCCCGGACAAUAGCCUGAAAACCUCGGUUUACGCCUCCUCCCCGGCCUCCUCACCCUGCUCCCCGUCCCCUGCACAGUCUCCGGGUGUCUCUCCAUCUCCAACCCCAUCGCCCACGCACUUCUCCAUAAGGAGUGCCUCUGGAGGCCAAGUGAAGAGAGGUGCCACCAUCACAAUCACCCCCAAAAAAACGGCGGGUGGAGGAGCAGCGGGACCCACAACGGGCUCCACGGCAGAGGGCUCGAAGCCCUCGAAGGCUUCAUCGCAGCAGGCCCUGAUGACCUCUGCUGCGGCCGAGCCAGUGAAGAAGAAGUACCCCACGGUGGAGGAGAUUGUGGUGAUUGGUGGAUAUCAGAAUCUAGACAAGUCCUGUCUGGUCAAGAACAAAGAUUCCCCAAAGAGAGGAAAGGUGUGUUUUGACGAGGACCAGCUGGAGCAGGUGUGCGAGUACCCGUCAGAGGUCUCCAUGCUGGCAUGUACGCCCUUCCCUCACGACCAGUGGAGGAUGGAGAGGCAGCAAGCAGAGGAGGUGCCGAAGGAAGAGGGUGAAGUGGAGGGAGGAGCAAUUGUCUCCAAGAGCACAAGGAACGUGGGGAUUACCACAGGACGGGGUCUAAGAGUGGGUCAGUGUCACCCCCUUCUCAAGAAGCACAGCGUGUGACGACUGAGAUUAUGGGUUCAGAAUAAUUCUGCCAUUCAUGAUGUCUCACUGUGAAACAAUCCAUAGGUUUGGACUUUACUCCAGAUGAGGUGGCAUGUCCUUCCUUGAAUAUUAUGUUGGUCACAUUUUACUGCAUAUCUUUCCUAUUGUCAGCAAAUCCAAAGAAAUGUCAAAAAACAACAAUGAAUUAUUCUAUUUCUUGUGAAACCAAAGUCUGAUUUAGCUUCUUUCUCUGUGACAUCAAUGUGCCUCACUGUUGUUCUGGGUGACAUGUGCUUUCAUUAUGAGGUACAAGGGCCUUGUGGUUUCAUUUGGAGCCAUUCCCACAUGUCAUAGAUACUCAAAUAUAAAUGUCAAUUAGUUGCUUGGAAGUUCACAGCUUAUUGAAUAGGGAUGUUUGUAGCAUUGACCCCGGUCAUAAAGCUUAACUUUCGCAAUUUUCUACUUUGAGGCGCAAAAGCCAGUCCUAUAACUGUUAGGAGAGUUAGUUUUUGGUUUUUGUCGUUUCAAAGGGAUUUAUUGACAAUAAGAAGAAUCCUGGUUUACACCAGCUUUCAAUUAAACCAAUUUUCUGAAUUUUUCCAAAUGUUGGCGCAUUUGCAGUGUUUUCAAAGUCUCCAAUGUGGCAAAUCAAACACCUCCACGUUUGUUUUUAAUGCUUAAUGUGAGUUUGGUAAAAUAUGUCAUUUUUAGAAUUGAAUGGAAUGUUUUGGAUGCAUUUGAACACCCAUAAAUGUCUAUGUUGGUCCAAAUGUCAAGCAGAAGAGAAAUCCUAAAGUCACAUUACUUAUGUUACAUCUCUGUGUCUUCCAGAUGAGUCUUGCCCCCGGUAGAAGCCAGUCACCUUCGCCUAAAUUGCCCCUUUGACAAGAUCACGAACACUUUUGAACAAUAAUACAUGAUUUAUCUUUUGUUUGAUUGGAUUUGCUAAUUAUUGUAUUGGUAAUCAUUGUGGUGUUUUUAUCUAGUAUCAGUAUGAAUGGGUCUUGUGGAAGAAAUGAACAUGACAGUUUGAUUUCAUGCAGUUGAACAUAAUUGUGAUUAAGGUAUUUCACCUGGUUUUAAUUUCAGGUAAAUGAACGGCUGAAUGUGAAUGUAUGGAACAUCUGAUGAAAGAACCUCAGUUGUACCUUGUCAGGCAGUUACGGAUUGCUUGUCUAUGCAAUAUGAAGAAACAGUUUUAGUUCAUAUAUUUAUUAGUUUAUUUUACAUUAAAUACCUUCUAUAUUGAAAUCUGCCUCAGCACAGAAGAGAGAUGUUUUUAUCAUCUGGUUUCAUGUGCCUGCUGGAUUUGCCCAUCCAGAUGAUAUGAAGAUCAGUUUUUGGAGAUAUUAGAUGUUUCUUCUCUGAAGCCUUUUUUGGAGAAAGCUCCUCUAAGUGGGCGUCGACCGUUGCAGGAACAGGGAUGGUGCAAUGUGUGCAGGACGUAGGUCACUGUCUUUUGUGGGGUUUACAUGAGCAUCACUGUUGGUGACAACUUGUAACAGUUAAUGUGUAUCGAUAUGAAUAAAUAAAGGGAUUAUUUUGUUAUUUUGUUGGUCAUGUGGAAGUGGAGAGAGCUGUGUGAGUGAAAGUCUCGAAGAGGACGUUUUCUUUUCAUUAAAACGUAAGUAGUCGUCAGUUCAAUUUCAUCAUAUUACAGCUGCACUCUGACUUGUGGCUGUGCUACGUUCAUGAUUAAAUUGGUACUCAGUGUUGUUUGUAUGGAAAAUCAUGUUGUGAUUGGUGGAAGCAAAGGAAAAUGAUGUGAAAAUGAUUUUCUAUGUUGGAUGAAGAA